AUGAUUCAUGGACUCUUGGAUCAGAUCCAGGCUUGCGUGUCCGAUGAUGACGACGAGCAGCCGGAUGUCAGCUUCGUGUUCUCAGGUGAACACGAAUUGACCUGCCAAACGUUGGUGGUUUGCGGCCCUGGUCCUGGCAGCGCUUUUGCUCUGCAAGUCUUCGACUUGGUGCCCUUGCCUGUGCGCUUGGAGCCCAAGGAGGAUUCUCCCGUUCGGGCUUUGCCUCCUCCACGGGCACCGAGAUUCUUUAAGGCAUCCGACGGUGUGGUGGUCGCAGUAUUGGACACACAUGUGUCGGGAGAAUAUGCAGUAGCUUGGGCGGACACGCUCCUGUCCACCCUGACGGGCAGACCGCAGGUUCUUUUUUUGGACCGCAUACUUCGGGCAGAAUGGUGUAGCUGUGACCGUCGAAGACCAGAGGAGCCCUACCUGGCUGGAUUGUGGACUAGUGCCUUCAACGGAAGCGAAUCCGUUCCGGCACUGCCUCCCCCGAAUUUCGUGGAGGGCUUAGCCGCCGCACUUCUGAGCGGCUGCGAAGCAAGAUCCUGGCCCUGCCUCGUGGCUCUGGCGCUGCAGGACGGUGCUCAUAUGUCAGAAGGCUGCCUUCUUGCUUACGAGGCUUUGGUGCCUCUGCUCAUCGAGCUUCAGGCAUCGGCUGAAAGCGGACUGAUUCUCAAAGAAGUUGCUUUCGGCAUGAAGUGA